GCAAUUUUACUCCAUAGCCAAUAUGAUGGUUCUUUGUAACUGUAAUAAUGUCUCUAUAUUUGACCAAAUUGACACAAUUGUUUAACUAGUUGGAGUCUUUUUUUUUUUUCUUUUUUUUUGGUGCUGAUUAAUAACAAUUUCAGUUUCUUGAUAUUUAUGGUGGUGAUACAAAUGGCACAAAAGAUUUUAGUUCUUAAGGGGCGGGUGUUUUGGCGACUUAUAGGGUUCUUCUUUGGUUACACUUACAUUGUUACACAUAUGCAAACAAAACUAAUUUAACUAAAUGAUCCAACCACUAGACGUACAUCUCAAUAUUUUUCCAUCAACAAAUGUCUCCGUCACCCCAAGAACAAGAUCUCAUCGUUAACGGAGUCUAGCCUAGUGGAAAAGGACUUUCACUUACAAACCAGAGGUCUCAGGUUCGAACCCCCAUGUCAUCUUAGUUUUAUGUGUAUGUGUGUGUGAGCAACCCUCAUCCCCUAUACUAAAAAAAAAUUAUAAAUAAUUAUAAAUUUAAAAAAAAACAAGAUCUCAUCAGCCCUGAUUAAAUUAGAAAUGACAAAAGUUUAGGCCAAGGAAAAGUUUGAGACUUGUUCAAGUUCAAACAAAAAAAUAAGGUUAAAGGAAUUUGUCAAGUGUCAAAAUUCUAUUUGUUUUGAGUAGGAGCUCCUCCUCAAUUAAAAGGAGCCUAGCUAUUUUAGGUUCUGCAAGGUGCGGGUAUUUCGGCAACUUAUAGGGCUCUUCCUUGGUUACACAUGAUGCAAACAAAAUUAAUUUUCACAUCCACAAAAAUAACAACAUAUAUAAUUUUCUCCAACAUAUAUAAUGAGGUAUUUUCCAAUCCAUAUCCAACAAGAAACUCUUUAGCAGAACAAUCUGUAGAUUAUUACAAUUAACCACUAAUUAACAUUAUGGAAGGGUUGUGCAAGAACAAGAUCUCAUUAGCCCUACUUUUAAUUUGCCUAAUAGGGUUAGCCCGUGCCCAAAACGCCCCAGAUGACUACGUGAAAGCCCACAACGCGGCGCGAGCGGCGGUUGGCCUCGACACCUUGGACUGGGAUGAAGGCCUAGCAGAUUCUGCGAAAAACUAUGCUAACCAACGUGCCGGCGACUGCGACCUCGUGCACUCGAAUUCAGGCCCUGGUGAAAACCUUGCAAUGAGCCCUGACGGAGACUUGACGGCGAAAUUGGCUGUGGACCAAUGGGUGGCGGAGAAGGCCGAUUAUGAUUACAAGACCAACACCUGCGCCCCUGGGAAGCAGUGUGGCCAUUAUACGCAGGUCGUUUGGCGUGACACAGGGCUUGUUGGGUGUGCCAAAGUCCAGUGCGCCUAUGGAGGUUCCUAUGUCGUUUGCCACUAUGAUCCUGCAGGCAACUCUGUUGGGGUGAAGCCUUACUAAUAGGCUUAAUUGAUCACAGUGUGUGCCUGAAGGGAUCCUGGCCAUUAGUAUUUUUAUUUUUGGUCUUCUGAUUAAACCUAAAUCAUAAAAAGCAAAAUAGAAAAGAAUUCAUAGAUCGGAGAAUCAUGCGAUCGAGCAUUCAUGCAUAUUUUGACUUGUUUUUUGUUUUUCAUUUCUUAUUUUCUUUUCUCUUCCCUUUCUUGGAAGUAAAGUGAAAGCGCUAUGCAAAUUUUAAUGUAGUAAUACUAGUAAAAGUUUGGCAAUCCAAUAAAUGUCAAGGGGGAUGUCUUGGCGACUUGAUUAUUUCCUAGCUUUCUAGAUGUUGAAAUUUCGAUGUUUACAGAAAGAAACAACAUAAUACAACUGAUGAAUAUUACGCACCAA